AUGUCUACUCCCGAAACUCCACGCUCGUUCUUGCAAAAAGCCUGUGAGAAUUGCCGUCUGAGGAAAAUCAGAUGUGACAAGCAAAUUCCAUGUGCCAGUUGUCAGACUCUGGGUAUUGCUUGUCAGGCUGCUGCCACUCGAGCCGUGGAGCACAGACCUCGCAUCGUGGUGACUAGUCAAUACGAACGACAGAUUACCCUUAUUCAGGAACGGCUUUUGGGUAUUGAAAGCAGUCUCAAACAGUUGGCUCGAGGAUCUGUGGUUCCUACUCCUGUCGUGAGACCGGAAGUCAAUCAUCCAUCGAACCAGUCGGAUAAGUCCAUAUCCAUUUACGAGGGAGAAUCGUCUUUUGGUAGUCAAACGAUACAGGCAGGUCAACUUGCCAAUGUUACGGCAACAGCAGUUGCGGGAUUACCUUCGAGCGAGCUGUCUAGCGCACUCUCUUUGCUGAAAGACAGCUUGAAGCGGCAUGAAGCUUUAUCGCGGACACACGAGACGCACCUCAGCAGAAGAAUCAAGCUUGAGUCUGUGGAUCAUCAAGAUUUACCACCUGCUGCACUUGUUAUCGCUCUGAUCAACAUAGCCAAAGCGCGUCCUUCUAUCUCUCUAGUCGCCUUCUCAUAUAAAGGCGUGGCAGUGCUGGAAACACUAUGUCAGAAGGUCUACUUUCCGCUCGAACCGCCGCCAGCAGGCUCCAUGACCUUCUUCUAUGGCUUCCUCUACUUUGUCAUUCGCGAUUAUUGGAGCCAACAAGAUCCUGCGCUUCGUGAAUACGACGCACAGGCUAUGAUAGACCUUUGCGAGACGAGGUUUUGUGCUGGACUUGAGAAGUUUGAGACACUCACAGUGCCGGUGAUGCCAAACAUUCAAGCGCUAUUGUUGGGUGCAAUCAAAGCACAGGAAGAAUGCAAACUAUCUCUGAGCUGGACGUUCCUCUCUGCCGCCGCCACCAUGUGUCACACCCUCGGCUUGCACCGCAAAUCUUCUCUUGUCCAUGAAGACCAAGAAUCUGCGGAUAUCAAGCGACACAUGUUCUGGCAAUUAUAUAUGUUAGACAAGAACUUGUCGCUGAACCUUGGACGAGGAUCAAACUUCCCCGACUCUGAUAUCGAUGCCGAAUUCUAUACGCCAUCGUCGAACCCGGCGCAACGACCUUGGGACUUGAUGGCACUUGCUACUAUAUUGUUCGCAAAGCUCCAAGGACAAGUUUACGACAAGCUUUAUUCUGCUUCAGCGAUCAACUCGUCGGUUGAGGACCGCAGUCGCGCGGUUGAUGAACUAUCGUCGCAAGUCAAUGCACUCCGCAACCAACUCCUUUCAAUCGACUUCAAUGGUGCUUACUACCAAGAGAGACUACUAGGAAUGGCGUCAUCGGCCGACUUCGUUUGCUAUUCGGUACUGACGGUGAUCUAUCGCGCUCAACCCUCGACGGGUAACACCACUGAGAUCAAUCCUCGAUGCUAUGAAGCGGCACGCCUCGGACUCGAGAAUCAUCUGCGUUGUUUCGCGCAAUUCCGGAACCGAUCCGUGCCACAGCAAGCCGAAUAUGUGAACUGGAUCCUGCUCUAUCCUUCUUUUACCCCCUUUACCGUCGUUUUCAUCCACGCCAUCGCAACAUCAGAUAGCGUCGAGCUCAACCUUCUCCAAGACACUGUCCGAUCCCUCGACCACAUACAGUCGCUCUCUCCAGCAGCAAAACGUCUACAUGAUGUGUGUGCGGCAUUUGCCAAAGUGGCUGCUGCAUUCAUAACUUCACAACGUACCCUCGGCGGAUGGCACUGUCGUGUCGAUGGUACUUUGGCACUUGGUUCUGCAGAGACUGACUUCCAGGAUGAUCUGGCAGCGAUGGGACAGGAUCAAGAUGCGCUCUCGGCGUUCUUGUGCAAUCUGGCGGGGCAGAAUCGACCAUUGACUGAUUUCUUGCACAUGGACUUACUGGAUGCUGAGCUGGGGCUCGGAGAUAUACUUCCUCCUACAUAG